AUUAUGAAACCAGAUAUAAGUGCCCCUGGAGUAGAAAUCUUGGCUGCAUAUUCACCUUUAGUGUCACCCUCAACGGAUCCGAGUCACAAUAGAAUGGUUAAGUACAACAUAUUAUCUGGAACCUCUACGUCUUGCCCUCAUGUUGCUGGAGUUGUUGGAUAUGUGAAAUCAUUUCAUCUAGAUUGGUCACCUACAGCUAUCAAAUCUGCUAUCAUGACAACUGCUACACCAGUGAAAGGUACUUAUGAUGAUUUUGUAGGUGAGUUUGCUUAUGGAUCAGGGAAUAUCAAUCCAAAACAAGCCAUUCACCCUGGACUUGUUUAUGACAUUACUAAGCAAGAUUAUAUGCAAAUGCUUUGUAAUUACGGUUAUAGUUCUGAAAAAUUAAACAAAUUAGUGGAGAUAAUUCAAGUUGCCAUGGAACUUCUGAAAGAUCAGUGGUGAAAGAUAUA